CAGGUAAGUCAGUUACGACCAGUUUAUGUCCUUGAGACUCCCUUUUACUCCAACCUUCCCGUCUUUUGGCGCAAAAACCAAGAAGUCCUCUGCGGAAUGGCUGAGACGGCAAUCCCGAGAUCCAUACGUCAAACAGCGCGCUCUAGGAGCUGUCAUUGCAUCCACUAAAACUAGCAGUAUCUUGGGUAAUUUAGGAUCCAAUAACGACGGUAUAAGUUCAAGUAUAUCGUCUCCGCUGGCCUUUCGUUCACGCUCAGCAUUUAAGCUCAUCGAAAUACACGAGAAAUAUGACCAGUUUCUGCUUAAACCGGACGUACAAGUCGUUGUCGACUUGGGUGCAGCCCCAGGAGGAUGGAGUCAGGUUGUUAGUCAAGUUGUUCACGGAAAAGACCCGACGCAGCUGGACGCUAGAGAGGACGUAGAUGAAGUGGUAGAAUAUCCUGUUGACCAGGACGAGGAAGGCACGGAGGAGGAUUCGGAUACUAAAGAUACCUGGCACCGGAAAAGAAAAUCCAAAAUCAAAGCCAAAAACAGACCUAAACCUCUUCCGCCAAAACCACUCGAGUUCUACGAUCCUCUCAAUUUCGAUGCCGAAAUCGAACAUCUCUCAUCUUCUUCGUUGGAUUUACAGUCUAAAGUAAAAAUCAUCGCCGUUGACCGGCUUUCGAUGGAUCCAAUCACUGGAGUUCAAACGCUGAAAGCAGAUUUUCUACAUCCACGGACGGAGGGUAUGAUUCGUUCUCUCAUCGACGGUCCAUCUAUUACCCCAUAUAAACUCACUUUGUCCACUCCCGACACACCAAAAGUGGACGUUGUCCUGUCCGACAUCGCACCCAACACCGUCGGUGUCCCUGCCGUCGACUCUGAAGCUAAUUUUCAAGUCGCUCAGGCCGUGUUCCAGUUUGCGUAUAAAUAUCUCCGAACGGCUGACGAAAUUGGACGAACAAGAGGUGGAGUGUUGGUCAUGAAGCAUUUCGCUCAUCCGAAGAUGGAUGUAUUCAGGAAAGAGGUGCUUGAGGAAUACUUCAAGGACGUGAUUUAUACCAAACCUAGGGCUAGUAGGCAGGAGAGUAAAGAGGGUUAUUUUCUUUGCAGGGGAUUUUGGCCGAGGGAGUAUCGCUAAUGGAAUCAAUGUGGACGGAAAUAAGACCACAAAAAGGACGAAGGUCGACUGUGACUACUCGGUUGAUGUUUUCCAACACGUGGAGUCUUAGGGAGAGGAUGAAAAAUGGUUCAGAAGGGAGAUAUUAUAGGCACUGU